AAUCUCAGCGAACACAAGCCUACUUAAUGUUGCCUCGGAAAAAAAAUGGCGGACAGUGGUGUUGAUGAAACGAUGGAGCACUCACAUGAUAAUUUACUUCGAGAAGACUCGGAGGACAAGGUGGAGGACAAACCCGAGAGUGCUGAAAAAGAUGGUGUUACUGUAAACGGAGGAGCUGAGGCCAGUCAGGGCAGCACAGAGGAAGACUCUUCAGAGCAGGAGAAACAAGACAACACUCAGGAGGAUGAAGCCAAGAAAGAGAAAGAAGCUGAACUUGGGAAGUACUGGAAGACAGUGGAAGACAACCCAAUGGAUUUCACUGGGUGGACAUAUUUGCUACAGUAUGUUGAACAAGAGAGCAACCCAGACAAUUGCAGAAAGGCUUAUGAGGCCUUCUUUUCUCAUUACCCUUACUGCUAUGGGUACUGGAAAAAGUACAGUGACAUGGAGAAAAGAAAUGGCAACAAAGAAAGGGCUGCUGAGGUGUUUGAAAAGGGCUUGAGUGCAAUACCUCUCAGUGUGGAGCUGUGGUUACAUUACCUCAAUUACUACAUUGCUGAGUACAACUCUGAUCCAGACUCCAAGGAUAAAAUCAGGAAGCUGUAUGAGAGAGCUUUGGCUGCUGCGGGGCUAGAAUUCCGCUCUGACAAGCUGUGGGACUCGUACAUUUCUUGGGAAAACCAGAACGCCAACCUGAAAGCUGUCACUGCCAUCUAUGACAGACUGAUCAGCACCCCAACCCAGCUGUACAGCCAUCACUGGGAGAACUACUGCCGCCAUAUAAACAUCCACCAUCCUAAGGACAUCCUGGACAUUGAUUAUUUCCUGAAAAUCCGCUCGGAAGUCUUGAACAAGAGCUGGGGCUAUGGAGCACAUGACGAAGACGAUGUUGGGUUGGAUGAAGCACUUCAGCUUGGAGAGUCAAAUGAUACGGAAGCACCGCCGGGCAUGAUGCCGUCAAUUGGUGAUGAAAAGGAGGUGAAAAAGAUCCGUGCCAAACUUAUAGAGACCAAAGAAGUAAUAUUUAAAGGAAAUGAAGCAGAAGUCGGCAAAAGGUGGACUUUUGAGGAAACGAUUCGCCGUCCAUACUUCCAUGUGAAACCUCUUGAAAGAGGUCAGCUGAAGAACUGGAGAGAGUACCUGGACUUUGAAAUUGCUCAAAAUGUCCACAACAGAAUUGUUGUCUUGUUUGAGCGCAGUUUGAUUGCUUGUGCACUCUAUGAGGACUUCUGGAUGAAGUAUGCAAAAUAUCUGGAGCAGCACAGCAUUGAUGGUGUUCGAAGUGUGUACCAAAGAGCCUGUGACAUACAUCUUCCGAAAAAGCCAUACAUUCAUCUGGCUUGGGCUGCGUUUGAGGAGAGAAAAGAAAAUCAUUCCUUGGCAAGAAAGAUCUUGAUGAACAUUGAAAACAAUGUCCCUGGUCUGGCCAUGGUUUGCAUGCGGAGGAUCAGUCUGGAGCGUCGCUGUGGCAAUCAUGAAGCGGGAGAGGAACUGUUCAAGAAGUACAUCGAGACUGCUGUCAGCCACAAGUCAAGGACUUUCUUCUGUAUCAAAUACGCUAGAUACUUACAAAAGGUCAUGGGGGAAACCGACAAAGCAAGAAAAGUUCUGAAUGACGCACUGGAAAUAGACAAUACGAACGAGAAAGUUUUCCUACAGCUGCUUGAUGUGGAGUACCAGUCUCAACCUAUCGUUGAGGAAAGAGUCAUGGAGACCUUCAACAGACUGCUCACCAGUGAGGUCUCAUUAGAGUUCAAGGUGAAAGUCUCCCAGCGCCGCAUGGAGUUUUUGGAAGACUUUGGAACAUGCAUUCAAAAAAUAUCUUUUGCAUAUGAUGAACAUCAAAAACUAGUCAAGGAGGCCAGCAGUAAAAAGAAGAGACCAGAACGGGAACAAGCACCCGAGGAACCACCAGACAAAAGAAUGAAAAUUGAGCCCCCAGUGAACCACAAUGUCCCACCCAGUGUUGAGCCCGUGCCAGCCCCACCGCCCAUGCCCCCUAUGGGCCCUCCACCUCCGCCCGAUGCUGGCUACGCGUACAACCCAUGGGGUGGUGGAGGAUAUCCUAUGGCUGGUGGAUAUCCAGGCUAUCAUUAUCCCUCUUAUCCAUCCCAAUAUGGAUACUAUGGAUAUUAGAAAGGACCCUGAAUGUGCAUGCCCCUGUGUUUACACCUUCUCAUGGAGUAGCAAGAACUGUAUGAAAUCAAAAUAUUGAAGGCCAAAUGUUUUGUGUCUGAAAAACAUCAGUGGCUUUUUGUUUUAAUUGGAAAAGGGUGCUACUGCUACUAGCGAGAAUGAUGAUAUGUGAGAGUAUUGAUGCAAGCUCAAAAUGAAUGAUUUUAUGCGUUCCCUGUUGACUGACAUUGCUUUGUUAUGAAGAUAUAUGAGCUUUCGAAUGUCUGACUCUGUUUUUAAAUGAUUUUCAAGCGUUCUUUUAGUUUUAAUAAAUUUGAUGAUAUUGAA